UCUUCUCUUCGUCUUGUAAAAAUGUAAACAAGGGAAACAAUCCAGUACUUCUUUCAGUUUCAUUUCAACUAUAAUUUCAACUCAACUUCAAUCAGGAUUGGAAUUUCAGAAUUAUUACAAAAUAUUACAAAUAUAUAAACCAUGGAAUUAGCUGAAGUUGAGAAUAAUCUCGUUUCUCCGUCUUCCAUACUGAAACAUAAUGUUGAAGCACUAAAGACAAGGAAUAAAGAACUUAACGUUGACAUUUCCAUUUUGAAACGCUUGGUUUAUAUGUUAAAUGUUGAGCUUGAACUUCGAGAUUCUAAAAAGGAAGGGAACCGAAGUGAAUUGGAAUCACAACAUGACAGCGUAGUUGCUUUCAGUUUCAAACCUAAUCAAAUUCUUCAAUGGAACCAUGAUGAUAUAGUGAUGAUCGAUCCAUUAUUAAGGGCGUUUCAACAAAUGAAAGAAGAGAAAGAUCAACUUGUUACAAAUUAUAAAAGCAUUUUUGAAGAUUUAUCGACGCGUUGCAAAACGAUAAUUUUAGAGAAUGAUACACUCAGAGAAGAACUUCGAAAUACAAAAGCGAAAGCAAACUCAAGCUACGCUGAAUGGAAAAAAUUACAUCAAGAAUUUCUCCUGGUCAAAGAACAUAAUCAGUUAAUGACCAGACAGAUAAAAUUAUUUCAAAGCAAAGUACGAAGUAUUGAAUCUGUUUAUAAAACUUCCUUAAAACAAUACGAAACUGAAAGGCAAGAUUUGAUGGAGAAGUUCGAUGCCACAAAAACUGAAUUAUUGGUACUGAAGGGAAGAUUUAGCGUACUUACUCAAGUCAGUAAUCAAAUUAAGCAUCAAAAUGAGGACCUAAAUGAUGCCAAUUUUUAUAACAUAAUUACCAAAGAAAUACAAGAUCUCUCUGUAGAAUUGAAACUGCAUAAUGCAAAGGAUACCGAUUGGAUGAAGAAAAAAAUCGCAGAUCUUGAAAAUGAAAAGGCCAGUACUGAUGUGGAAAUUGCGAAAUUAUCAUCUGAACGAGAUCACUUGAAAGGUUAUAUAUCUGCCGUGGAGUCGGAAGCGAGGAAGUUGAAUAGUAGGUAUGAGGAGCUUGAAAGAGAACUCCAAGUUGCAAAGAAAAGUCAAGGGGAUGCUCGAAAACAAAUAAUCAAAUGCAUGGCAUUUAUUAGAGAACUAGUCGGUGUGCACAAUGUGUUACUGGAUCAAGUCAGUAAGCCGGAAAACUGAUUUGAUGACAAUGAAUUAUUUCACUUCGAAGCUUAGACAACUAUUUCUUUUUUUUGUUGUUUCAUUGCUUUCAGUGACACCCAUAGUCGGUGUUUCAUUUUUAUUUGUUACUUUUUUAUGUCGUAGGUAUCUCUUCAAUAUGUUACUUUCCUUCUACUGUAAUAUAAAUCGCGCAAAUCGUAGAGAAUACAAGAGUUCGGUACAUCAUCUUGUCGCUAUUUAUUUGUUAGAAUGCACGUUUUGUAAUAUAUUUUCUCAUCGAAAUAAGUCAAAAUAUGACUUGGUGAUUGUACAGCGUCAGCUAUCAGCCAGAGGGCCAGACUCAAGACUGUAAUCAUAGAUUUGAUAGAUUUAAGUGGUUGUAAAUAAACUUUAAAAUGGAA